AUGGUGAGUACUGGGCAGGGCACGGGUACUGCUAAAGCGGAGUCUGUCUGUUCUGGAUCUUGCCUCAGCUUUUCCCCUCACUUUCUUACAGCAGAGACUCUAGCAAAUGUUGACUGGAAAUGGGACGAGAACACUGUCGCCCAUCACACCGACCGGUACAAUACCAAAGAGCUGGUGGUGCGGCGGGGGCAGCCCUUUGUGCUCACUCUGACCUUCCAUGGGACCAAGCCCUUGGGGAGCAACCUCACACUGAUCGCAGAAACAGGUGCAAAACCUGAUCUUCAAGCAAAGACACGCGUGGCCUUUGCUGUGUCUAGCAUACCAUGCAGUGGCUCUUGGGGUGCAGUCCAGACUGCAGCUGAUGCCAUGUCAGUGAGUGUCUCCAUUUCAAGUCCACCAACCGCUAUCAUUGGAUGCUACAGACUCAGUGUGACGACUGGCUCUGGGAGCACCAUGCCUGCUACGAGUCUGGGCACUAUGGUGCUGCUUUUCAAUCCUUGGCUGAAAGGAGAUGAUGUGUUCAUGCCAAAUGAUGCUGAGCGUGAGGAGUAUGUCCUUUCUGAGUUCGGUCUGGUCUUUUCGGGCAGUGCAGAUCAUAUCUCUAACUUUGGAUGGGACUAUGGACAGUUUCAAGAGGACAUUCUGAAUAUCUGCCUUACUCUGCUGGACCGGAGUAGAAUCUGCAAGCAGGACCCCCAGAGUGAUCUGGCUCGCCGAAAUGACCCCAAGCAUGUUAGCCGGGUGUUGAGUGCCAUGGUCAAUUGCAAUGAUGACAGUGGAGUGUUGUGGGGAAAAUGGAAGAACUUGAAUAAGGGGAAACAUCCAAGCAGCUGGAUGGGGAGUGUGGACAUUUUGCGGAAGUGGAAGGUUUCCGAGUUUCAGGCAGUGAAGUUUGGGCAGUGCUGGGUCUUUGCUGGAGUGCUGACCACUGUCCUCCGCUGUCUGGGAAUUCCCACACGCAUGAUUUCAAACUUUAGCUCUGCCCAUGACAAAGACAGAACUCUAACUGUGGAUGAGUACUUUGAUGCUUCUGGAAACCCUCUGACAACAGAAACAAAAGAUAGUGUCUGGAACUACCAUGUGUGGAACGAAAGCUGGUUUGUUCGACCUGACCUUGGCUCUGCAUAUGAUGGGUGGCAAAUUUUGGACGCAACUCCGCAGGAGAGAAGUACAGGCAUAUUCCAGUGUGGUCCAGCUUCUCUGACAGCCAUCAAAGAGGGAGAUGUGCAUCUGAACUAUGAUACUGCCUUUGUCUUUGCUGAGGUCAAUGCAGACCAAAUCUCUUGGGAAAAGGAUCCAUUGACAGGAAAAUUCAAGAGACAUAAGGUGGACACCAAGUCAAUUGGCCAGUUCACAGUGACAAAGGCCGUGGGCAGCAAUACCCAAAUGGAUGUCACCAACAAUUAUAAAUAUGCAGAAGGUUCUGCAAAAGAAAGGGCUGUGUUUGAAAAAGCUCAUUCGAAGCUGAAUCUGAAUACAAUGAGGUCCACAGCUGUAAAUAGGGUACCAACUCCAAAGCCCAACAUUUCAGGGAAAUUCAAGGUGCAGCGCACCCAUGAGGUAGGCAAAGAUGUCCACUUGGCCUUGAUGCUCACCAACCUUGCUUCAGAGCCGAAGACUCUGGAAGCACACAUGACAGCGUGGACCAUUGUCUACACGGGGAAGCCAAUCCAUGAGGUCUGGAAGAAUGAGCAGUCCGUGACCCUAGGCCCCAAAGAAGAGAAAAUCUUCCCUAUAAAGAUACCGUAUGAGAAGUACCAACAGUAUCUGAUGACAGACAACAUGAUUCGCACCACAGCCUUAUGCCGAGUGGAGAAGGAGGGUGACAUUCUGGUGGAACGUGUCAUCACCCUAGAGAACCCCAGCCUCACCAUCAAGGUGCUGGGCCAAGUGAAAGUGAACGAGGAGGUGAGAGUGGAGGUGGUGUUCACUAACCCUCUCGAUCAGGAAGUCAAGGACUGUGUGCUGCUGGCAGAGGGCAGCGACUUGCUGGUGGACAAGAUCAAGCUAGAUGCACCACCAGUGCAGGCCAAGAAGCAGGGGACGAUCCAGUUUGCACUGACCCCCAGUAAAGUUGGGACCAAGCAGCUGCUUGUCAAUUUCUCCUGUGACAGAUUUCAAAACAUCAAAGCCUUUGAGAGCAUGGAUGUGGCCCAGUGA